AUGUGUCCUGGAGUGAAUUUCGCCAUGCAAGUUAUGCACUUGACGGUUGCUACGCUGUUGCAUGGAUUUGAUUUCUAG